AUGGGAUCACCGCUUCGACCGUUCCUUGCAAAUGUUUUUAUGGGCAAAGUCGAGAAAACAAGCUUGCAAGUCACCAAUAAUGGCCUCGUCUUCUACCGUCGGUACGUGGACGAUAUCUUCUGCCUGGUGGAUGGUACCACCGAUACCGAGAAGCUUGUCAAAAAGUUCAACAGUGCGCACCCCUCGCUUAAGUUCACUGCAGAGACCGAGGCAGAUAACGAACUUGCCUUUCUCGAUGUCCUUCUGCACAGGCAAGAGGAUGGAUCUAUCCAGCGCAGGGUGUUCCGAAAGAAAACCUGGACGGGACAAUACGUUAAUUUCCACAGUUUUGUCCCCCUUAACAUCAAACGGAAUUUAGUCCAGGGAUUGGCGGCUAGAGUGAGACGCAUCUGCUCACCUGAAGCUAUUGAAGAAGAACUUCAACAGCUGCGGAACUAG